UCAGCAACAGCGGCAGAAGGAGCAAGUAUUCUGCCUACCUCAAGUAGGCUACGCACGCUGCAAAACGAGAGUGCAAGUGUACUCUUUCACGCCGCACCAAGUCACCGGGCAUCCAAAAGGAAUGGAACCACACCACAACUAGCAUAUCCAUCGCGUCUCACAUCCCUUCGGUACAGUGUGGUGCAGGACAAUCGCACUGCAGCCAAAACUGCCACCAGCAUCGCAAAUGGGCCGCACUCGCUCUGUCCAACGGUAUUUGCGCGACUGACAAGAGCGGGUCACGAAGCGGACACGAAGUUUUGCGAGCCGCCGAAACAGCGAACCCGAACGAACCACUUGUUGGCAAAAAGCAACAAGUUCGGUUACAGUUGGUGACCGCGCGCACCCCAUCCCUGUGGCCGUUCGGUCUCCUGUUCGUGGUUUUUCAUUGACGCGCACUGUAUCUUGAGGGACGAGAAGGGUGGAUGGAAAGGAAGUACAGUGAUACAAACUCUCCAAAGCAGAGAAUGGCUUGCGUGUGGGGGAAGGAAAACGGUACCGAAGCGGCACCGACAACAGUCGAGAACCUGUUGCGACCGAAACAUAGAAUCUCCUCUGCACCUCCCGAAGCCUUCGUUCGGGUUUUGUUGUUGGCGUGUUUUUCCAUUUCCCGCUUGGUGCUGCCUGAUAAGAAGUGUUGGUGAGCGGGGUGGAAAAUAGAACCAGAAAGGGAGGUGCGGGAGGGAAAAAACAAGCGACACACGGGACGGCUACGUGUUGCUUCUGUGUUGCGGCCCGCGUUCGGUUCAGUACGCGUCCAACAGUGGCCUGUUGCACAUCGCCAAUCAAUAGUCCAGGUUGAACGUCCCCCGUGGAUGUGGGUGCCAGAGGUGAUUUGUGUGUGCGUUAGUGGCGCAUCGGACCAAUGAUCUGUCGAUGAUCGAAUUGGGUGAUUGAAGUGGACAUUGUGAGUAGAAACGAAGAAGAAUAAUACAAUGUGCGAAGCGUGCAGUUGUUAGUCACAGCAGGCGAACAUCCUACCUGUUGCUUGUAAGCUACUCUGCCAAGAAACGUCCCAAAAGAUUAAUCAGCACAGUCGGUGUCGUGUAGUGCCAGAGUACCAACAAUUACCCAGUGACAACUAGAUCGAGGAGGGAGCAAAAGUUUCCCAGUGCUCUUGCGGAAAGACUUUUAGAAGUGAUUCUUUGCAGGAACCUUACCCAGAGAGUGUUGUGCUUACCUUCUGUGGCAUACUACACGCCCAAUUAGAGGACUGUAUAGAACUUUGACACUGCUGCCGUGUGAUUCGAUGCCAAUUAGAACGUGCUCCAAGUAGUGUGUGUGUGUGUGUGCUUGUACGCAUCUUGGCACCAUUCUUGGCAGCAUACUUCCAACUUCCUGCUACCGUGAUUGUGUACCCGUGCUCUAGUGUCAAAGGUGAUAUUCACUUUACCCAAGCCCUGAGCACUCACCAACUAUUCCGACAAGUCUCGGUGCAGGUGCAGGUGUGUGUAUGUGUGAAGGUGCGUGCGUUUAGUGAAGUGGCAGCGAGAGUUUUCCAUUAAUAAAUUAAACUGCUAAUUAGAUAAUUCUCUCCGGCUUGAGACGGCAGUGACAGGGCGGCAGUGGUAGCACCGCUUGUGCUACGAUCCCGCUGAAACGGAGACAUCCUGGCCAACUAGUAGCAGCAGUAGGAGCAGUAGCAGCACCACGGAAGAUGCUACCCUUGUACCACUAAAGUCCAGACCUUGCGGUGAAGUGAAAAGCAUUUUUUCACGGUCCCCUCUUUCAUCAGCAGAUGCAUGUGUUCGUUUCAUUAAUGGGAAAUCAACACCAAAAAUCCGAAAUGAAUGCUUGACAAAACACAGAAACAGAAAGACGUCACAUUAGUUGAUCAUUAUUGCCGAUGAGAAAAAAUGAUGACCGUUUUUACCUAAUAACGCUUCAAACGACGACGUAGCAGUUCCUUACAAAAAAGGGAUAAGAACCUUUCACAUUGAAAUUCCACGCAAAAUACGCACCAACCUCUCCACGCCGGUAGAGCAAACGCAUUCGACAAUCGCGAUGCGUUCCGAUCUGUCCGACGACAAGCACAGCGUGCAGUUAGCUGCAGCAGAAAUAGCCGAAUCGUCCGACACCAGCGGAUUCUACGAGCUGGCCUCGAACGGUUCCACCAACGGUAUCAUCAGCGGCACUGGACACCAUUCCCAUCAUCAUCAUUCGCAGCAGCAGCAGCAGCAACAGCAACAUCAUUCGCCGCACCAACCACAUCACCAUCAUCACCAUCACAGUGGCCAUGCCCAACAGCAUCAUCACCAACCUCAUCAUCACCAGCAUGAGCUGCAGCAGGACAAGAACGCUAACCUGCUAUCAGUCGACUCCCUUACGACACAUUCGACCGGCGGUGCAACGCUAAGGGCAACAUCACGACCGAAAAGAGCCACCAGACGGAUGCAAAUGGAAGCUACCAUCGAUCCGGACAUGACGGAUUCCAGCUCGCAGAGUGACGACACGAGCUGCGGUAGCAGCCGCACGGGCAGCCGGGGCAGUAACGGUGGCCGUUCGGGCCAGGGCGCCGCCGGCAAUGGUAACAGCAGCAGCAGUAGUGCGGCCCGCCGUCGCAAGGGCGCCAUGAACGCGAAGGAACGCAACCUGCGACGGCUCGAGUCGAACGAACGCGAGCGAAUGCGAAUGCACAGCUUAAACGAUGCGUUUCAGUCCCUGCGGGAAGUCAUACCGCAUGUGAAAAAGGAGCGCCGGCUGUCGAAGAUCGAGACGCUUACGCUGGCGAAGAACUACAUCACCGCGCUAACCGACGUCAUUAUCGUGAUGCGGGGCGAAGGUGAAGCGGCCGCGGCCGCCAAUGCUGGCCUUCCGCUGGCAGGUAGCAGCAGUAGCAGCACGUUACCGCUAGCCGAUGCUGGCGCACUAGCCCUGCAGAACAACUGUCUUGCAGCAAUCCCGACCAAAGCGCAGCAACCGGAAGUCGUGGGUCCGUGUCAUGCAGCCGAUGUGGAUCCGAUUACCACCUCGCUCGACCUUAUCUCUGCGUCCGUCGGUACGGCGCUCGACUGCCACGAGCGCGUCCUGCAGCAUCAUCACCUGUCGCUAGUGCCGCACCAUCCUCAUCACCAUCAUCAUCAGCAGGUGCAGGACGGUGCAGGCAGUGGCGGUGGUGGUGGUAGCAAUAGUAGCAGCAACAGCAGCACCAGCACGACAAGCAAUGGCAGUCGCAGUAACGCGAGUGUAACGCCAAAUCCACCAACCAACUCCACCGGCAGCAUCGUGGAUGUGUCCGCCGUGACAGGAACGAAUGGGCACCAUCCGCACCAUCACCAUCACCACCAGCAGCAGCAGCAGCAGCAACAGCAACACGGUAGCAUAAACAACAAUCACCUUAAUACCCACCAUUUCAAUAACAAUAGCGCUAGCAGUAUAGAUAUCGAAAACAGCUUCUACGAGGAUCCAUUUCAGAUGAUGUAAUCCCCCAUUCUUGACUCGAACUGUACACCGCUCCCAAGAGGGGAGCAUCCCAUAUAACCAUGUUGAUACACACAUACACUGAUAAAUUCUACCUGAAUGCAAAGGAAAACAACGAAUCAGCGUGAAGGACAUUACCCACCUAUCCGA